CGCAUGUAUACUACAAGUUUGUUUUUAAUAAAUUUAGUAGAAAAAAUACAUUUACGAUGUGUCAUUUUAGUCAGGCAAUAUGAAAAACAACACUUCGUCCCACUGCUCAUUGUUUUGAUUUUAGGUGCGCGCUAGUUGUGAAUCGUUUCUAUCUGUGUAUAGGCUACAAAACGAAUACCUUUAUUGGUCUUAAUUAUUUUAUACAAACAUCAUCACAGAUAUUCUGCCGUUUAUUUGGUAUCCUGUGUCACUGAAGCAUAAAGAUUGUAGCUGCAUGUAAUUUACUUACAGAAAGUCUACAUUAGUGUAACGUGAAUAAUGGAGCACAAUGGACUGCUGUCCAGUAACGCUUGCCAGACACAUCUGAAAUUGGUUAAUGGGUUCACUGAGGCGUCGACCAUUUGUUUACCCAGUAAACGUAAACGAAAUGAUGUGAAUACUGUAAAUGGCCACGAAGAGGAUGAUCCGAAGGGGUUUCCCUCCAAAGAGAGCUUGAGGAAACGUGGUUUUGUCUUGAUUGACGGCCAGAGAGGUGUGUUCCAUUCUGAGAGCUGGGAGCCUAAUGGCAGCACUUUAUACCUGCCUGUAAAUGGCACUUUGUUAGCCAACAUUGAAAAAUACGAUCAGAUCAGCUUUGAGCAGGGCUGCUUCUGCAUCGGCAAUCCAGCAGGUGGAUUUCAACAGAAAGUCCAAGGUCAGGCGAUCCAUUUCUGGCGAUAUAGUGAACGUGAGCGAAAGCUUUUCAUUUCACUUUCUUACUUGUUCACAAACUUACAAGUGUUCCAGGAAGUUGUCAGCACUCUUGAUUGUCUCUGAGGAUUCUGAGUACACACAGUGCCAUCUAAACUAAAAAGCUUGGACCAAUCGUAUUUUAUUUAGUGCAGCCUAGACAUUUCUCUUUCUUUGUUAAAAUGUAUUUUAUAAACAUUAUUUUAAAUAUUGUGAUAUCCGUUGAAAUAUGUGCCUUUGACACAUCAGUGUAUUUCAUUUCUGUGCUGUUGCAGAGUCAACGAUGAAAGGUAUCAGCCGUGUUUGAUAUCUAAAAAGUGUAUUUAGUUAAGCUUCCAUAAACGCGGACACAAUAUUACACAAUUACACAAUAUAGUAAGUGAUCUUGAAGCCUUUGUUAUUGCUGUAAGCUAAAACAUGACAUGAAAGUACUGUAUUUUAGAUGCCCGUGGAGCUCGUUGCUGAUUUUGUGCACUAUAUUUGUACUCUAAAAAUGUUGUAUGUGUUGAAGCUUCGCUUUGGUGACUUUUUAUAUAUAUAUUUUUUUUUACAAUAAAAUGGAAAACUAAUAAC